AUUAAUUUUCGCUACUCGAAUGACGGCUUCGCCCCUGCGUCUCGAGCUCUCGCUCUUCUCCAAAGUAUUUACCGUGCCUUCUCUGCCUCCAAAUUGGUCCGCGAGGUGUUCGAUCCGAUUUCUCAAAGAGUUCGAAGCCUCGAUUCGCCUUCGAUUCCCGAUCCCCGAGCAGAAUUCUCUGAUUUCGUGGCGUCGCAGGCCUCUGUCGCCGGCGAAUUGCCCACCCUUUCUCCGAUCAAGACGGUGGCCACUGGCGACGGUGGCGGCGGCGAGGAAGGGUGCAUCACGCCAAAGUCGGAGGAGUACACCCUCAAGCUUCCCGCGGUGUACCCGCCGGCCCCGAGGAAGCCAAAGGUCGCGAGGAGGACUUCGCCGUCGGCGGUGUCGGCGACCGACUCCAAGAAAUUCUGCGCCGUUCCCCGAGACCUGACCUCGGUCUUUCUGUCUCUCCCUUCCAAGAAGAGGAUCCAUCUAACAAUAUCAGGGACAAAAUUCUCUGCAUUUUGUGAAUUGCUUCGAUCUUGCCUUACGGUUAUGCAGCCACUGAAUUAAUCUUUGCUGCUGUUAUAUUCCUUGUCGGAUCAUUCCAUAUGGUGGAUCCUGAGUCCGCCCUUCAAUUUUCACUUGGAUCAAAGACAGCAAAAUUUAUGAGAAGAAUUCUGCAGACAACUGACAUGAACUGAAUGGCACACAAUGCAGUUCCAUGGCUUACAAGGAAUAAUAUACCAGUCUAUAAGAUCAUCAACCUGUCCACCAUGUAAUCGAUAGAAACUUAUGGAAGGAUAGAGCUUGUGGAUGCCACCAUAUUUUGUAAGGAAAAGCUGGCUGUGUUCAUGAAUUAUGGUAUCCAGUCUUGUGGGUUUUACUGCAAAGGAACUGCUGUCAGGCAAAGAGAAGAAUCUUCAAGAAACAUGGCAGGUACUUGUUAUUUUGUUUUCUUUGUUUAUUGAUUUUCUGAUGUUUCUCUCCUAAUCAUAAUCAUGCGGGGAAGGUGACAAAUUAAGAUAGUAAAGCAUGAGAGUUCUUCUUGCCCAAUAUCUUUUUGAUAAGAUUGUUAUCAAGUGUUAAUUAGAUCCUCCUUAUGUUUCUUAUUUAGUAAUAAACAAGUUUUGAUCAUCCUCCUCUUCUUAUGUUUCUUUCUUUUUUUUUCAUGAGAAACUAUUUUCCUAACCAUGCGUCCUUUUCAAAUAAUGUACCCUAUUAAUGAAGUAUUCACUUUGUUGAACUUUAUUAAAGUAGGAUUUGAUGCUUCUUUGUGAAAUA